AUGGAACCAGGAAAUCUUACAGGAAUUACAGAAUUUCUUCUUCUAGAAUUCUCAGAGGAACCAGAACUAGAGCCCCUUAUCUUUGGAAUUUUCCUGUCCAUGUUCCUGAUCACCAUGCUGGGCAACCUUCUCAUCAUCCUGGCCGUCAGCUCAGACCCCCGCCUCCACAAGCCCAUGUACUUCUUUCUGUCCAACCUGUCCUUUGUGGACAUCUGCUUCAUCUCCACCACCAUCCCCAAGAUGCUGGUGAACAUCCAGACACACAGCAAGACCAUCACCUAUGGGGGCUGCCUUGCCCAAAUGUACUUUUUCCUCCUCUUUGGAGUGUUGGACAACUUUCUCCUGACCGUGAUGGCCUAUGACCGCUAUGUGGCCAUCUGCCAUCCCCUGCAUUACACGGUCAUCAUGAACCCCCGACUCUGUUCACUGUUGGUUGGUAUUUCCUGGAACAUGAGUGCCCUGCAUUCCUUGUUGGAAGUCACAAUGGUUUUGCCACUGUCCUUCUGUGCACGUGUGGAAAUCCCUCACUUUUUCUGUGAGCUCAAUCAAGUGGUCCACCUAGCUUGUUCUGACACUUUUCUUAAUGACUUUGUGAUGUAUUUUUUUGCUGUUUUCCUGGCCGGUGGUCCCUCCUUUGGUAUCCUUUACUCUUAUGUUAAGAUCGUUUCCUCUGUACAGAGGAUCUCCUCAGCACAGGGGAAGUAUAAAGCAUUUUCCACCUGUGCAUCUCACCUCUCCGUGGUCUCCUUGUUUUAUGGCACAGUCGUAGGCGUGUACCUGAGCUCCGCUGUGACGGAGAAUUCACAGCGCACUACCAUCGCCUCAGUGAUGUACACGGUGGUCACCCCCAUGCUGAACCCCUUCAUUUACAGCCUCAGGAACAAAGACAUCAAAGGAGCUCUGACAAGUCUUCUUGGGAAGAAACAAUGA